CAAACUCUGUUUUAUUUCUUUUAUAAUUUUCCAAUCAAUAUAUCCAAAAUUCCCAACUUUUUUAUUUCUAUUCAAGAUUGUCUUUGAGUUUGAUUCAUUUGUUCUUUCUUCAGCUACUUUGUUUCAGCAAAUAUCACCUACUCCAUUCAAAUUGAGUAAAUUCCAUUAUUUUUCUUUGAAAAAUCUUUAACUAUGGAUUCUAAGCUUAUAUUUUUAUUGUACUUCGGUUGUAAUGAUAGCUUUCAGCCUAACUUUUGAUCCUUUUGUGUUUUUUAUUGUUUAGUUUGUUGGCUUUUUGUAGGAUCCUAAUUGUAUUCUUAAAUCAAAAAGUUGAUUUUUGUUUUGUUAGCUCCUUUUGCUAUUUUGAUUCAGUUGGUGAAGCUAAAAGUUGAGUACUUUUGAUCCAUAAAUGUAUAUGAUCAUACAUGGUUCUUUUAGUAAUUGAAUAGCAGUUGUAUUGACUCUUGAGUUUGAUUGUAACUUUUUUCAUACCAUUAAGAGGAGAUAGGGUUUUGUAAAAUUUGUGCAAGAUUUUGAUGAAUUUUCUUGUCCAAAUCAAAAAUCUAUAGUUUUCCUUGUGUUUUGUGCAUAACUGAUCUUGAUCCCUACCUAAUUUGUUAAAUUGGUCAAAUGAGUUGGGGUAAUACCAUGAACAGUUGACUCUCCCACUUUUUCCAUAGCCACUUAUCUUAGGUUUUUCCAAAUUUGGAGGUUAAUCGUUUUUCCUCUGGCAGUACUAAUUCAUUUUUCUUCUUCUGGUGUGUCCUUCGUAGUCAUCGUAAUUAGCCGAAGUCAUUGUUUACUAAAUCUGUUGUUUCCUUGGCAAGGUCAAAGGAAAGUUUGCUGUAUUUGGUUAUUUUAGGGUUAUUCAAUAUUAAGUUGUGAGAUAUCAUUGUAUUUCUUCUGGUUUCCUUCAUUGGCUAUGCAUAAUCAGUCUAUCAUGCCAGCUUAUGAAGCUGAACAACAUAUCGUUGCUGCAACUCAGCAUAUUUUGAAGGUAUUAGGAGCAAGUAAGUGCGUGAGUGAUGAUAUUCGAAGUGCGCUUAAGGAGCUUGACUCUCAUUUGUCUUCAUUGAGUAUUAUAAAUGAAAACAACAAGGGAUCCUGCGAGUUUACUGAGAUUGAGAAACGGCUAAACUCUGCUCAGAGAAAGGUGAUGCAUUGGAAUUCAAUUCCAUCACCGAUAUGGGACUCUGGUCCAGUUGAAGCAGCGGAGUAUCUGCAAGCUGUCAAUGACAUUUUAUCGGUGAUCCAAAGUUUGGAAGGUUUGUCCUCAAGUAAUGAUCGGAAGGCAAGGGAUAUUUCUUUCCAAGCUGAGAAUUUCCUGCAGAUAGCAAUGUUAAGGCUCGAGGAAGAGCUCUGCCAAAUUCUAGUUCGACAUAAGCAGUGUUUGAAGCUGCAGUACGUAUCAUUUCGUUCUCCAGCACAAAAUAUUAUGGUUUAUGACGAGUCAUACGUUUCUGUUGAAGUUGAAGAUGAAACGGUUGAUGAAACAUCCCAUGUUGAAGAUGGAACAGUGGAGGAAACAUCCCCGAGAGAUAGAAGCAACAGAGAAUCCAUUGAAUAUACAGCGGAUUUGGUCGAUCCGCGUAUUAUUUCUGACAUCAAGUCCAUUGCUAAUGUCAUGUCUGCUAGCAAUCAUGUUGAGGAAUUUUGCGAGGCGUUUAUUGGCGUUCGGAGAGAAGCAUUGUAUGAAUAUUUGUCGGAACUCGAAAUUGGAAAAUUCAGCAUUGAGGAUGUGCUGAAGCUGGAAUGGGAUAGAUUGGACAGUGAAAUCAAGAAAUGGAUGUGGGCUAUGAAGACCAUCAUUAGAGAGUAUCUUGCUAGUGAGAAACGGCUGUGUGAUCAGAUAUUGGGAGAUUUUACUCUUGAUCACACUUCAUAUUGCUUUAUUGAAAUCUCAAAAGAUUCAAUUUUGUGCCUUCUGAAUUUCGGACAAGCCGUGGCAAUGGGGCCUCGUAAACCAGAGAAGCUGUUUCGCUUAUUCGACAUGUACGAGGUUCUGACAAAAAUUCACCUAGCAACUGAUGCUUUAUUCUCAGAAGAUAAUAGUUCAUUUAUUAGAAUUGAGUUCCAUGAACUUUUGAGCAGACUGGGUGAUUCCGCAAGAGAGACUUUCUUCAAAUUCGGAGAUGCCAUCUCUUCCAAUGCAUCUGUAAACCCUCUCGCAGGAGGCAAAAUUCAUCCCCUGAUAAAGUAUGUCAUGAACUUCAUGAGCCUAUUCCCAUUAUACUGUGAUACUAUGAAUUUGCUUCUCAAGGACCAAAAUGUGGACGAAUCAGAUGUUGUUGCUGUUGAGAAGGAUGACGAACAGGACAUCUCUUCAUCCAUUUUUUGCCCGAUGGCUUGCCACCUACGCUCAAUUACGUGCGCUUUAGAAGCAAACCUUGUUAACAAAGCAAACUUAUACAAGGAUGAAUCGCUGCGCCAUAUUUUCUUGAUCAACAACAUCCAUUACAUGGUCGAAAAGGUCAAGGACUCGGAACUCAGGCUUUUCUUCGGAGACGAAUGGAUAAGAAAGCAUACCGCGAAGUGCCAACAACAUGCUACGAGUUACGUGAGAGCUACUUGGAGUUCAAUCGUUUCUAUUCUCAGAGACAACACAAAGGCAUCGAGUUCAGCUGUUUCGACUCAAAGAGACGACAGAAAGACAUGGACAAAGGAAAAAAUUGAAAAAUGCCGGAGAUUCACCUCUGCUUUCGAGGAAGUAUAUAAAAGCCAGACACAGUGGUUAGUUCUGGAUCUUAGGCUUCGGGAUGAUCUACAAAUCUUAACAUUACAGGGAAUAGCCCCUGCUUAUAGAAAUUUUCUUGGGAAAGACAGUGAUAUUAGCAACAAGUAUGUGAAGUACAGUGCAGAUGAUUUGGAGAAGAUGCUUUUGGAUUUUUUCGCUGGUUCGCCAGGUUCACUGCGUAAUUCACGCAGAAGGUAAAGCCAGAAGGGCCUUUUUAGCUUUUAUUUUUUGUUUCAUUACAAUGUUCUCUAAAUUGUGUAGUGUUUGUAAUAGAUGCAUGGUAGAUUCUUAUCAGCUUGUAUUUAUAGUUGUGUUUCAGGUGCAACAUUUUUUA